GCCUCACUCCUUCUUCUAGGAACCCUAACUCCCAGAGGGCAGCGGGGGGCGGGGCGGGGUUUCUGCUCUCGGCUCCCGGCGGAAUCGAGAAAGUGAGAGGUCGAAGUCUGAGGGGGUUCCGAGGCAGGGUCUGACCAGGCCAUCGAAAGCCAUGGGAGUCAGCCCUUCCCUGGGGCUUCCACCUGUCGCUGGCCCCCAUCUUGUAGGCUGUGGAGAUGUGAUGGAAGGCCAGAGUCAACAGGGGAGCUUCUUCCGCCUCUUUUACCCCUGCCAAGAAACCGAGGGGGAGGUUGAACAGCCUCUGUGGAUCCCCCGAUAUGAAUACUGUGUUGGCCUGGCUGACUUUCUGCACAUCAGUAAACGCUGGGGGGGGAUGCUGUUCAACAUGGCCAUGGGAUCCUGCCGCCUACCCAUCAGCUGGAACGGCCACUUUAAACCACAGGACUCUGGGUACCCACUGAUCAUCUUCUCUCAUGGCUUGGGAGCCUUCAGGACCGUGUACUCAGCCUUCUGCAUGGAGCUGGCUUCUCGUGGCUUUGUGGUGGCUGUGCCAGAACACAGGGACCGUUCUGCCUCGGCCACCUACUUCUACAAGCAGACUACAGAGGAGAGCUGUCCCCAAGCUGGGUCACUGGAGGAGGAGUGGAUCGCCUACCGGAGGAUAGAGGAAGGGGAGAAAGAAUUCUGGAUUCGUAACCCCCAGGUGCAUCAGCGAGCAAACGAGUGUGUUCGGGUGUUGAAGAUCCUGCAGGACAUUACCACGGGCCAGAGUGUCUCCAACAUCCUACCUGGCGGGUUGGAUCUAAGGACUCUGAAGGGCAGCAUCGACCUGUCUAGGGUGGCAGUGAUGGGGCACUCAUUUGGAGGGUCAACAGCCAUUCUAGCCCUGACCAAGGAUGCCUGUUUUCGGUGUGCAAUAGCUUUGGAUGCCUGGAUGUUUCCUCUGGAACACAACUUCUACCCCAAGGCUGGGGGCCCUGUCUUCUUCAUCAACACUGAGAGCUUCCAGACAGCUGAGAGCAUUAGCCGAAUGAAGAAGAUCUGUGCUCGUCACAGCCAGACCAAGAUCAUAACCAUCCUUGGUUCUGUUCAUCAGAGUCAAAGUGAUUUCACUUUCGUGACUGGAAAUCUGCUCGGCAAACUCUUCUCUACCCAAACUCGAGGGAAGCUGGACCCGUACAAGGGUCAGGAGAUCAUGGUACAGGCCAUGCUGGCAUUCCUGCAGAAACACCUUGAGCUGAAGGAAGAUUAUGAUCAGUGGGACAGCCUCAUCGAAGGCGUCGGACCAUCUGUGGCCCCGGGGGCCCCACACCAUCUGAGCAGUCUCUAAAGACAUUGGCCAUCUGGCAAACAGUGACUUGAGCCGAAUUUCUCUUUUGGUUUGGGUGGGAUUGACCCAAAUUGCCAAAUUCAUGGUCUCUUGUUAGAAAGCUUCUAACAGGAUAGUUCAAGACAAGAGUAAGUAAUCAUGCUGCUGAUUGAAGGGAUUAGGCACUUUGAUCUUUGACUUUUGCUGAUUUGAAACUCACAUGUAGAACUUGGAGAUCCCUUGGCACCAGGCAGUGGGCAGAUGGGAAAUCCAGGAGCCUGGUACCGUGAGGGGGACACAUGGACGGGGGUAGGCCGGGGACCUGGAGCUUUAUCUCUAGCCAGCAACCCCAAUCAGCUGCUAGAGCGACUUCUGUGCUUCCAGGUCAGGGCAGAGCUCUCACUGAUUUGUAGCACAUGUUGGGAAGGGACUUGGAAGGAAAUCUAGAGGUGUCUAGUCAGCCCUUCUGCCUGGUGCAAGGCCUCCUCCUACAACAUUCCUGCUACAUGGCUUUCCAGACUCUGCUUGAAUGCUUCCAAAGAUGGAGAGUUAACUCACUGCUUCCUAAAGCAGACUGGGCCAUUUUUAGACAACUCGAGUGUUCAGGAAGCUUUUCCUUAUGUUAAAUUGGAAUGUUCCUUUUUGUAAUUUGCUUCUAUUCAUCCUGAUUCUCUCCUCUGGAGUCCCCAGUGUGGGUAUAACCCUCCUUAUUCUGUGUGUCUCCACCAGAACUUGCUUUAGGCUAGCUGUUGAGAGGGCUAUACACAAGGCCUCCGAAAGGCCCCUGAAAGUCCCUGAUUAUUCUCCUUCCAUGUUACUGUGACCUAAGAACACUUAGUCGGGAGCACAGUCACUAUGUCCAGAUCUCACACCACUUCACAUGUUUGAGAACACUGUUUUCUCCAACCACAGGCAGCAUUGCAGAAGUGCGUGUAGAGACUGUCAGGGGUUGGCUAGUCCGUUCCCUUUGUCUUUGGAAAGAGCUGUCCUAGUCAGUGAGCCUCAGACAGUUCCUGAUGGGCUCUGUCCUGUCUUUAAUGCCCUGAGGGAAGGAAACUGACCACUUCUCCAGGUGGCGACUUCGUCCCCUCUCCUCAGCCUCUCAGAUCCCACUCACCAGCCAUGUGACACCAGCAAGCCAUUUCACAUCUCCCUUUCUCAUCUGUAAAAUGAGGGUAUUGGACUUGACAACCUCUAAGGUCCCCUUCGGUUCUAAAGCUGUGGUCUGUGCCUUUAUUCCUCCCCAAAGAUAUUCGAUGAAAUCAGAGCACUUUAAUUUUUGGACUGUGAACUCCUUUAGAGAACUCUUUUUUUUUCUGGCUAGGCAAUGGGGUUAAGUGACUUGCCCAGGGUCACACAUCUAGUAAGUGUCAAGUGU